CUUCAGGAGCUGAAGAAAGAGAUUGUGAAUUCAUUGUUUGGCUAAGGGAUAGCAAAAAAGCGGAUGUAGAAUGGGUGUUAAAUAAUGAAAAAGAAUUUAAAGAUUUGCGUGAAAGAUAUUGGAGUUAUGGAUUAUGUCAAAAAUGCCAACAACCUAACAACAAGUAUGACUGGUGUCAGUCUUGUAACUGCAGUGGUAACCCUGACGUUGAUCAAUUCAUUAAAAAACAUCAGUUAAAG